AAACUAAAUAUUGUGCAUAUGUGUAGUCGAAUGACAAUGAGGAUUUGAUAUGGGUGGAUAGAACUUUUGAGUGAUCACAAGAAGGAUUGGAUGAGGGCCAAUAUUAAUAAUCAGAGGUGAACAAUAUUUGUUUUGAUUAUCUGCGGAAAUUUAAUUAUUAUCUGCCUUUGCUAGGCAAUUAUGGAGUGUCGAAAUAAAACAGGAGUUCCAGCCCGGAAGCUAAUCCAAGCUCGACUGCCCUUCAAGCGCUUGAAUCCCAUACCAAAGGAGAAAAACGACACGAACCCCGAAGUGAAAAAAGCCAGGAGUGUGCAAAACACCCUCGAUCAGAAUGCAACCUAUCCUGACUCGCCGCAGCCAUUCUCGGACAAUGUGGAAAACAGUUGCCAGGAAGAAACGGAAUCCCCUGUUCCAAAACUGGUUAAUGGAAAGGGUCCCCUAGAUAACUUUGUGCAGAAAAGUAUAAAAAAUGACACAAGCCAGUCUCGGCUCUUCAUAGACUUGACGGACGACCCUCCUCACAGACUGGAUGAGAACACGGGUCACCCCAGGUCCAGCAUCAGAGUAGCAUCUCCGGGGGAAACCCCGAAGGAGAAAGAAGGCCAGGCUGCACCCCCAAAUUCCUCCUGCAUUGCCCAGGAGGUGGAUCCUUGCUCAGGAACCGACUUCGAUGUAACAGAUAAGGAAUUACCAAGCGCGGCAUCCACUGGGAUAGAAACUAAUAUUUCCACGGAGGAUAAAUCUCAGAAUGUCAUAUUUGAACGGAAAAUGCCUGUCGUGGUUCUGGAGGAUAUCUUGGCCGCCGGGUCUCCUCAAGCUGCAACUUUGGAAAGGAGCGCAAAUUCUGAAAACGAAACCAUGGAAUCUUGUCCCGAGGAUGACACGCUGUGUACAAAUUCCUCCUUAAGUUCUCUCUCUCCUACCAGCUCUCCCGAGUCUCAGGCGACCAAGGAGCAUCACGUUAACCCACUAGCUGCUUCAACACCGGUUUGGAAGGUUGGUAUCGGCUUUGGGAAAUCCACAUCAUGGUCGAUAUUGCAGGCUUCUCCAAAGCUCCAUCGAAGUUCUGAGGAGAAGGAGAAACUCAAGCUACAGAGGGACCAAGAGCGUGCAGAAAAACUUCAGAAGCUGGAAGCUGAACGGGAGGAGAAGAGGCUGCUGAAAAAGGAAGCCCAGGCUGCAAAGGAACGUGCCCGAGAGGAGGCGAAGAGGAAGAAAGAAGAAGAGAAGGAGCUGAAGGAUAAAGAAAGGAGGGAGAAAAAGGAGAAAGAUGAAAAAGAGAAAGCUGAGAAGCAGCGCGCAAAAGAAGAAAAACGGAAAGAGAGGCAAGAAGCUCUGGAGGCAAAAUUAGAAGAGAAAAGAAAAAAGGAAGAAGAAAAACGCUUAAAAGAAGAAGAGAAGCGCCUCAAAGCAGAAAAAGCUGAAAUCACCCGGUUCUUUCAAAAACCAAAAACCCCACCUGCUCCAAAAACUCUGGCCGGCCGGUGUGGGAAGUUUGCUCCCUUUGAGAUCAAGGAGAACAUGGUCCUGGCUCCACUUUGCCGGGUGCCCUUCGAUCAGGAGCUCUCCGACCGAAUGGAUCGCUCCGUGGAAGAGCAGAGCUGCGAGCUUUCCUUCCUGGAAGAGCUGAAGAGUCGGGAUGCUAGAAAAUCGGAGCCCACCCUUGCCUGCAGCCCCAGCGCUGACGAGAUUAACAGCGAUGUGGUCAUUGUGAGUAGCAGCCAGGCAGAAGAUGCUCCCGAAAGGAAGAAAUUUGGCAGGAUGAAACUCCUGCAGUUCUGUGAGAAUCACCGGCCUGCCUACUGGGGCACCUGGAACAAGAGGACUUCUGCAAUAAGGCCCAGAAACCCCUGGGCCAAAGAUAUGAAGCUCCUGGACUAUGAAGUUGAGAGUGAUGAAGAGUGGGAGGAGGAGGAACCAGGGGAGUCCCUCUCUCACAGCGAAGGGUUCUGGCCCAGCUGCUUCCGCUACUUCACGGCAACGUGAACGGAAGCAAAGUCAUCAUUCAGGAGUUCCAAGAAUGUUGCCGCUUGGCGUUGCUGUCGGAUCCCAGCAGCCCGGUCACCCCCCUGGGCAGUGGAGAGGCCAGCCCCAAGGUCUCUCAAGGCCAAUCUCCGGCCUGCGAGAACGUCGUUCCUUCCAAGGCCAGGCUGAAGAGGAUCAUCUCCGAGAACUCCGUCUACGAGAAGAGGCCCGAGUACCGGAUGUGUUGGUACGUGCAAUCCGAGGUCCUGAAGAACUUUGGCCAGGAGCACCUGCCCGUGCCUUGCCAGUGGAACUACAUUACCCAGCUUCCAUCCGUGGCCAAGGAAGAAGCGGGCAGUUUGCAAGGCGGGGCGGCAACCCAGACCCCCCCAGUCUCCGCAAAACGGAAGUCAACGCAAAGCAUGUCAAUAACCAAGUUCAUGAGGAGACCUCCGGGGACAGAGCAGGCGGAAAUGACAGAGAUGGAUGGAUUUCAGGCAGACACCGAGGAAGAAGAUGACGACGAAUGCAUCAUCAUAGACGUUCAGCCAAGCCAAGCCAAGCUGGCUAAUUCCGCACCUGAACAGAGGACCUCGGAAGCAGAAGCAGCUGCUGCUGCCGCCAGCAACUUCCCUAACGCCUUUUGAUAUACACAUCCCUAUUCUCCCCCCACCCACCCCUUUUGUACGUAUGUAGAAUUCUUUUAGCUUAUUGUAAAACCCCCUUGUGUAUCUUUUUUUGUACGAGAUACUUGAACAUACUGUGUUCCUUGUAAAGAGAAGACAGCACUUUGUUCGGCUCCAAACUCUGGUGGAAGCUCAAGACAUUAUUUUUUAGAGGGG